AUGCUGGGGAUAUUUAACAGAGCGGCGAAAGGACCCUUGAAAGCGUUUACCCGCAACGCAUCAACAGCAUCAUCGAAUACUGCGAAUCCUUCAAACAAAGCAGCAACCAUCGCAGCCUCAAUCUCAGGUAUCACAGCUGCUGUUUACUCGUACCAGUACGGUCUCAUUGAUCAAGUCUUCGCUAGUGGUUUAGAGGAAGGUCUCCACGCACCCGCCUUCCCUUGGAACCACAACGGCUGGUUGGAUAGCUUCGACCACAACGCCAUUAGACGAGGCUACCAGGUUUAUCGUGAAGUCUGCGCUUCCUGCCACUCUCUUGACAGAAUAGCCUGGAGAAACCUCGUCGCUGUAUCGCACACCUCAGAUGAAGCCAGAGCUAUGGCAGAGGAGCAGGAGUAUACCGACGGUCCUAAUGACCAGGGCGAGCCUUUCCAGAGACCGGGCAAACUUGCUGAUUACAUGCCACCUCCAUAUCCAAACGAGGAGGCUUCUAGAGCGGCUAAUGGUGGUGCUCUCCCACCUGACCUCUCUCUCAUUGUUAAAGCCAGACACGGUGGUGCUGAUUACAUUAUGGCCCUUCUCACUGGUUACCAGGAUCCACCUGCUGGUAUUGCUGUGGCUGAUGGUAUGAACUUCAACCCUUACUUCCCUGGUGGUAGCAUUGCUAUGGGUAGAGUCUUGUUUGAUGGUCUCGUUGAAUACGACGAUGGCACUCCUAGCACUACCACACAAAUGGCUAAAGAUGUCGCCACCUUCCUCAGCUGGGCUAGCGAGCCGGAACACGACGAUAGGAAGAAGAUGGGCUUCCAAGCUGUCAUCAUUCUCUCAGCCAUGACUGCCAUCUCACUCUACGUCAAGAGACUCAAAUGGUCUCCUAUCAAGACAAGAAAGCUUGUGUACAACCCACCAAAGUGA